AUGCCUUCCAGCGGGGUCCCGGUGAGCACUGCCAGCUUGGCGAAUGAAACCCCUGAAAUACCAGACAACCUGAGAGAUUGGCUUCGGGGUGUCUACCGCUUUGCCACUGAUAGGAAUGACUUCUGGAGGAACCUGAUCCUCAGUUUGGGACUCUUCGCUGUGGCAGUUUGGCUGGCCAGGAACUUGAGUGACAUUGACCUCAUGGCACCUAAGCCAAGGGUGUAGCCAAGUAGACAAUUGAAAUCCUGUGCUGAACCUGAACCUUCCAAAAAACAGCCUGCAAUCUGUGACCAUCACAAGAUGUGCCCUGA